AUUUGAAAGAGUCAAAAUUUCGUCUCCAACAACACCCGCCGAUUCUAAAAUGAUGUUUGCAACCUCAGGAGGCGGGCAAUCCCGCCCCCAAUACAUAACCGCCCUCAGUGUCGAGUCGGGCCUAUUGUCCUCAACGGGCAACGACAUUGUAGACGUCGAAGCGGAGGGCAACCGGUUUCGACGUCGGCGCCGGGCAACGAUCAUUGCCAUAGCGGCGAUCUUUGUAACGGCGGGAACGGUUCUUAUCGUGAGUGUUGUUCAUGAUCUGCAGAACAGACCUGAGUUUGGAUAUUUUGACGAGAUUUGUUCGGAGAGUGACGUGGAGUGUUUAGAGAAUAAGUGCCCGGAGGGAUUCCAGUGGGACAGAAAUUCGUAUCAAUGCAAACUUAAUAAAGAUUUCAGCUGUUGUAUAGUUCCAAAAGAAGAGGGAGGAUUAGUUCAAUGUUUUCCGCUAGAUGACUCUGACAAAUGCGCCGACGUGAAGAGCGCAGGAGUGGCGCCCUCUACCUAUAAACAGUACUGCAGACCUGGAUACCUCUGGGUGGAGUGGAAGAAGAUUUGUUUGAGGUCAGAGACAGGACUGGCUUAGCUUGGUACCCGGAGACAGGACUAGCUUUGCUUGGUACCCGGAGAAUAUAUGGAGAAAACCCAACCCAAGAGCAUAUUCUGCGAUUGUCACUUUUCAGUAUUAUUUACGAUUAUUUAUAAAAUAAACUAUAUUAACCCAUAGGAAAUAUAAAAAUAAAAUAUAUUCAUCUUG